UCACCUAACGAAAAAAACCCAAUUAAGCGAAAUCUUAUAAAACCCUAAUAUCAAAUUUCUUGAUAGUAGCCGCCGCUGGUAAGUAAAAACUCAUCUCCGUUCCGUGGCUCCUCCCGAAGCUUUCUAAUCAAUCGCCGCCAUGGUUUCUUCAAAGAAGACGAAGAAGACUCAUGAGAGUAUCAACAACAGGUUGGCUCUUGUAAUGAAGAGUGGAAAGUACACUCUUGGUUACAAGACCGUUCUUAAAACUCUCAGAAGUUCCAAAGCAAAAUUGGUGAUUAUAUCUAACAACUGCCCACCUUUGAGAAAGUCUGAGAUAGAGUACUAUGCUAUGUUGGCUAAGGUUGGAGUUCACCAUUACAAUGGAAACAAUGUUGAUCUCGGAACUGCUUGCGGUAAAUACUUCAGGGUGUGCUGUCUCAGCAUUAUCGACCCAGGUGAUUCGGAUAUCAUCAAGAGCAUGCCUGACCACUAAAUUUGCCGUCUUGGUGGAAUUUUUCCGGUGUUCUUACAGAACGCAUUUUCGAGAGUGUUUCGUUUCAAGUCUUUUGGACCUGUGUUGUAGACGUAUAUUUACUAGUUACUGAAGAUUUUAUGUACUCUAUCUCGUUUGUUUCUA